AUGUUAAAAAUUACCUCCACAACAGAUGAAUCCCUUAAUAAGAUGAGAAUACCGAAAAAUAUAAAUAGUAGAACAGAUGAGAAUGAAUACGAUGAGGACGAAUAUUACUUAGGUGAGGACGAGCAAAGGGACAAUACAGUUAAUGAUAUUCCAAGGACGUUACCGAUAACAAAUAUAUAUUCUGAUAGAUACAGGACGGCCCAUAAGCUAGGAGGAUCAAGUGCAGGAGUUACUGAGUCGGACGUGCAUAGUUCAAGUAACAAUGAUCCUUAUCGGAAAAGGUCUACAUCAACAUAUUCAAGAAACUCGAACAAUCCCAGUAAUGUGUACAGGAGCAUAAAACACGGAAUAUCAGGGUUUAACAAAGCACACGAGUCAUACCCAAGUCAAAAUAAUGUGAGGGAUACAAGAAGACUGGUGACUGCGCCAGCAAUAGAUUCGCAAGAAAGAUUACGUUCUCAAUUAACUAUCUUACAAGAUGUACAGAGAGUGGCAGAUCAUGAAAAUAUAUAUGACGGCUUUCCUAUUGGAUUAGAGAAUAAACUUGUCUCAUUAAGAAAUGCUCAUUCAAAACUCUUGUUAAUGUUGAGAGAGAGGACCGCCAAAAUUGAAGAACAAAAGAGACAUGAUAUUAAUGCCACCGUCCUAGCAAAUAUACCAAGCACAGUAACUAGUAAUUCGGCAAGGGAGGACACAAUCAGUAAUGUGAUAUCCACAUCGAUUAAUGGUAAAACUGCUACAGUCCAUAACAAUAUCACUGGCGCACCAUAUGUCAGAACAAAAUCCACAGCAUACACAGUUAACCCAGAGGAGAAGAAAUACAUACAGCAAUUAGUAGACAUUACCAAGGAACUGCGAUAA